UCCUCUGACAGCACGUCACGGUCGCCGGUCCGCGUCGUUGUUUACAUCAGUUCGCGUUUUAAUUGCCAGAUGUGCUUCAGUCAGGAUGAUGCAGCUGUUUUAACGUUACACACCGGAAUGUACAAAGAACCUGCAAUACAGGAGGGAGGUUCCGGUUAACGAUGGCACUCCCGGUUCUGCCACAGCUCCGGACUGUCGCCUGAUUUCAAGAGGAAACUGGCAGCGACUCGGAGACCGGUUGUCUGUCUGCUCUACCUCCGAAACUCAACAGCUCAGACCUCUGUGAAGGAACGGUGUCAUGUGACAAGGGGAACCGGCAGAGAGUAAAAAGUCGGUCUGACUUCACCGAACUGGCCGCAGCUCUCAGUGGAUCCACGGAGCUCAUGAAGACACGUUUGUUGUGAGUGUUUUUGUCGUGUUUGUUGGUCAUAAUGUCGGACACAGAAAGGUCUCUACCUGUGGUCCGGAGGAUCAGCUAUGCGGCGGGACACUUUCUCAAUGAUCUCUGCGCCUCCAUGUGGUUCACCUACCUGCUGGUGUUCUACCACUCAGUGCUGGGAUUCCAGAACACAAAUGCAGGUGUGUUGCUGCUGGUCGGGCAGAUAGCCGAUGGCGUCUGUACGCCACUAAUCGGCUACGAGUCCGACAGAACCCCCGGCUGUGGAAACUACGGCAAGAGGAAGACGUGGCAUUUAGUGGGUACCCUCAGUGUGGUCGUGUCGUUUGCCUUCAUCUUCAACCAGUGUUUAGGCUGCGACUCUCUCACCCCUCAGUGGGCCAGUCUGGUCUACUUCGUCCCGUUCAUCGUCAUUUUCCAGUUCGGCUGGGCCGCCACGCAGAUCUCCCACCUGUCUCUCAUUCCAGAGCUGGUCACCUGUGAACACGCUAAAGUCGAGCUCACCGCAUACAGGUAUUCGUUCACUGUGAUCGCCAACAUCACCGUGUACGCCGUGGCUUACCUGCUGUUCCACCUGCAGGCCGGAGGAGACGACCCGCUGAGCGAUGAGCUCGGACCCAUAGACAUCCCCGUCUUCAGGAAUCUGGCAUUAAUUGUGUUGGGGAUCGGCGCUCUCUUCUCCGUCUUCUUCCACGUGGGAACCACCGAGAGGAGGCCCGGAUAUGAAGGGGAGGCCGGAGACGAGGAGGGAAGGAGGAGGAAGAGGUUGGAGGAGGAGGAAGAGGAGGCGGAGGGGGAGCGGAGGCCUCUGCUGUCUAGAUCUGAACCUUCUACGCCUUUACUGCAGUGGAAAUGUUGGCUGAAGCAGGCGUCGUUCUACCAGGUGGCUUUACUCUACAUGUGCACCAGAUUAAUAGUCAAUCUGUCCCAGACGUACAUCUCAAUGUAUCUCAUCAACACUCUGCAGCUGCCCAAGAAGUUCAUUGCGACGAUCCCACUAGUGAUGUACGUGAGCGGCUUCCUGUCGUCUUUCAUCAUGAAGCCUCUCAGUAAACUCAUUGGAAAAUGUCUCACCUACUUCGUGGGCCUGCUGCUGAUCAUGGCCUUCUCCUACUGGGUGCUGCUGGAGGCUGAGAUGGGUCAGCAGGUCUACGGGGCGGCGGUGCUGCUGGGGGCCGGAUCAGCCACCAUCCUGGUCAUAUCGCUGGCCAUGACGGCCGAGCUCAUCGCCGAUCAGACGCAAAGUGGAGCAUUCGUCUACGGAGCCAUGAGCUUCACUGAUAAGUUGGCCAAUGGAGCAGCUGUGAUGAUCAUCCAGGCCCUGCAUCCCUGCCAUACGGUGGGUUGCUGUCCGGCCUGCGUCUGGUUCUAUCACUACGUCAUGGUUGUCGUAACGGGAGGCGUCGCCGUCGUGGCAGCUUUGGCUCUCUGCUGCAUCCUCAUCUGGCCCAUCAAGAUCCGACUACGGAACACAGCGACCGGAGUCAACUAACAGCAUCUCCUCCUCCAGCAGACGCACACAACAGCUUUCACUUCUGUUUCUGUCUAACAUUCGUUUGGAGUUUUUCAGGGAAAAGCAGCGAUGACUGAGCAGGAUUCCUGACCGGCCGCUCAUCUGGAGUGAAACCAGAGGAACUUUAGUGACAUUCACAGACGUUCCCAACCGGGAUCUUGUUUUCUCAUCAUUUUCCAAAAGAUACGAAGUCACUCUGAAAACCUGGUUAUUUUAGGUGCAUUGAAGUGUAGACAGAUUAUUAAAUCUUUUGUCACUUUAUCAUUGGAUCCAUGCAAAGAAAAGAAAAACAGAUAAUUUAGUCACAGAUAAUGCAGAUAUGAAUUAUCUGAACAUAACAGAUGGUUGUGAAGCUACAUGUUGAGUCUGAGCGCGAAAAAGAGCCUCUGAACUACGUUUCCAACAAAACGUGAACACGACGACUUACUGAGCUUAAGUUGCAUUUCUCCUCCAGGCCUGGUUUAUCUGCCGAACAUAGAGAAAUAAACUGAUCCCAAAUCUCCAGAAACGUCUGCAUUACAGUGUCAGUGUAGCUAAUAAAAGCUUCAUCACUUUAGUAGAAGGCAUUACUAACUAAACAACACAGUGAUGGAUGUAUUUUUUUCAGCUGAGUGUUCUGGAAAAUGAUGAGGAAACAAGCCUUUAUUUUAUUGCAGAGCAGGAAGGGAACACCUGUUCUGGACAGUAAAGGGAACCGUUCUCCUCUUAUAAGGGACUAAAUAGCAUCAAGGGAACCAGAGGAUUUGUGGAACAGUUGAAAUGCAGGGUGCUAACAGCUGAUGUCCUCUCAGUAUUUAGCAACAUCAGCCAGUUAGCGGUUAAAUCUCUCCUUAGUUUCUGAGUGGAAGUCGUCAUUAAAGGAUUGUUCAGUAAUAAUAAACCACUACAUGUUGGAGUCGGUGAGAAGGACGACGACACAGACGGCACUGAAACAGGAACUUUUCUCAACAGAUUUCAACAACAUGAAGCACUUUGUUUGUGAGAUCUGGAUUCUGAGUGACUUUAAAGCAGCUCCAGAGCGUCUCUGGUUGCUUGUAUUUGUGUGGAUUUUAUGAGGAAAAAGCACUAUUUGGGGUUUUCUCCCUCCAGGAACAGCAGCUCAGUGUUCUGUAGGGAUUCCUCUACGUGAAUCGUUGUACUUUAUACAUGGUUUUACAAUCAAAAGGAAUAUGACAAAUGUUUUUCUAAUCAAAAGAAACUUGAACUCUAUUUGAUAUUAUGAGACUUCAAAGGGAUCAACGCUAUAAAAUGUGUUCAUGUGACAUGUAAACAGAAGGGAAAGAUUCCUGUAAAUGGGGAACAGGUGGGGAAACUUUUUUGUGUUCAACCAAAGCUUUGGCUGAAUCUCUCAGCUCAACUAUGACAUUCUGUAUUUACUUUCUUUAUGUCUCUGGUCCUGUGUGACGGUGUUUGAUGAAGGGACGCAUUAAACGGGUUUAAGGUGAAACACUGGA